AUGGGUUCAUUGAAUGUUGAUCAAAUCCAACGUGGUAUCUCAAUGAUCCACCCCGUCAACAAUGUGCGGAAUGGGGCGGUUGCCGGGGCCAUGAGUGCCAGUGCUAUCAUCGAUGCCGUUCUAUUUUCAAAUGGUCUCUAUACCGUUCUGAGAUUAGAAGAUGAAGAGCUCUGCUUCUUUAGAAAGCGGAAACGGUGA